AUCGAUUGUAAUGUUAUUUCAAUACAAUAUAAUAAUAAUAAUAAUAAUGUAUUUAAUAAUAGAAACUGUUUUUCAAUAGUAAUAAACAAAACAACAAUAAAAUUAUAAUCCGAUUACCGAUAUAUUACCGAUUGAUAGACCCGAUCGACCACUGGUGGCCAACACACACACACACACCCGUCACACCCGACCGACAACACGUUAGACUAUACUAUAAAUGACUGGAAGUUCACCGCCGCCACCGACGUCGGUAUCCGGCGGUGACCCGAUUGCUGGCGGUGGCCAUAGAGAUAGUGUAACAAAAAGUUCAUCGGCCGAUGGCCGAUUACAGUCAUCUACCGGUGGCGGCAACGGCAGCAGCGCUGCCGCGACCAACAAUCUCGGUGUCGAUCUGGAGUCCUACAAGACCCGUGUGGACGCCAUAAAUAUCGACGGUAUUGGCCGUACCAAAGACGACAUACUGGUACCAGUGGUUCGGCAAUUGUUCGAUGCGGACAACUUCGAGCAAGUGGUCAUACGGGCCCAUACUGUACGGCAACAGUUGGAACAGUUGGGCGCCUUCAAGACCAUCAAUGUCUAUAUCGAUACAUAUCGGGGCGCCGCCGGCGGUGGUGGUGAUGACCACCAGAGUGUCGGCGAUGGCAGCGGUCUCGAAGUGACCUACAGUGUGGUCGAGAAUCGGCGAGUAGUUGGCGGCGUCAAUACGUCUGUCGGCAACAACAACGACGGCUCGCUUGUACUACAGCUCAAGUGUCCAAACGUUUUCGGCAGAGGCGAACUUUUCCAAUCGGAGUACGAAUACGGAACUAAACAUACGACCGGUUUUCAGUCACAGUUUGUCAAACCGUUGGUUCCGUGGCUGUGGCCGCAGCCGCGAUUGACUACAACAUUGUUUCAGAACGGUUUCGACGCGCCGUGGAGUGGCUAUCGGGAGACCGAUAGAGGCCUGUCGAUGGAUCUGAGCUUCAAAUCGCGUCGCUCUAUACUGCAUACAGUUCGCUGGGAUGCCGUCUGGCGGGACAUAUCGGCGCUGACAACGGGUACGGCGUUUGCCGUACGCGAAGAGUGUGGCCAUUCGCUGAAAUCGUCGCUGAAACACAUACUGACCUGCGAUCGCAGGGACAAUCCAAUCAUACCGACUGCCGGCCUAUUGUUUCGUUUGCAACAGGAAUGCGCCGGACUAUUGGCCGGUAAUGUAGGCUUUCAUAAGCACGAACUGGAGCUCCAGUACAAUCAACCGUUACCAUUGCUCCGGGAUAUUGUCGUACAGGCAUCGCUGAGGGCCGGCAUUAUGAAACCGCUACAGAAGCUGGAAUCGGUUACCUGUAUUAACGACCGAUUUUUUAUCGGCGGACCGCUAACACUGCGCGGCUAUCAACUGAACGGUGUCGGUCCGCACAGCGACGGCAAUGCGUUGGGCGCCAACACCUACUGGACGGCCGGCCUACACGUCUAUACGCCCUUACCGUUCAGGCCGGGUUCGGGUAGCGGUUUUGGCGACUAUUUUCGUACACAUUUGUUUGCCAAUGCCGGCAAUAUCGGCGAUUUUAGUUUUACCGAUGACCAGUACAAAAAUAUUGGACUCUUGUUGAACCGUUUGCGCUACAGUGUCGGCGCCGGUAUUGUACUAUCUAUCGGACAUAUGGCCCGAUUCGAGCUAAACUAUUGUCUGCCGUUUGGCCAACAGUCCGGCGAUCAGCUGACCCCUGGCCUACAGUUUGGACUCGGAGUCAGUUUUAUUUAGUGCCGAUAUAUUAUUAUAGUAAUUAGUUCUAAUUAAUUAAUUAAUAAAAAAUUAAUUUUUA